AUGACUAAUAUCAAAGAAAUAUGGCAGUCUUAUAAAGAUAAAAGAGCAAGAAUGUCAAUUGGGAUGACCAUUAGAAACAAAAUCCACUCUUUCGCUCUGAUAAUACAUCCUUAUGCCAUAAUCUUGUUCCCAAAUUUUAGGGUGGUGCAUUAUUUUUAUAUUAUUUCAAUAACUAUAAUUGGUUCAAUUCUAAUAUAUCCAGUUAAAAAUGCAAAGUAUAUCGAUAUUCUCUAUACCACCGCGGGGUGUGCUACUCAAGCAGGAUUGAACACCAUCAAUUAUAAUGAAACUACCUUGUAUCAACAAAUUAUCAUGUAUAUAUUAACCACUUUAGCAACACCUAUUUUCAUCCAUGGCUCACUUUUAUUCGUUAGAUUAUAUUGGUUUGAAAGACAUUUUGAUGAUAUUAAAGAAAGCUCCAAAUUAAAUUUCAAAAUGAGACGUAAUGCCACUUUGGCUGCAAGAACUCAAUCUUUCGAUUCAACGAGAUAUAAUACUAAUAAAAAUCAAGGAAUCGGUUUUAAUCCAAAUUAUGUCGAUAAUACUAAUAACAAUCCUCUUUCUAAGAAUGAAAAUGUUAUCGAUUCUAAUAGUAGUAAUACCCCCAGCCUUAAAAAUUUAACUAAUACUCAAAAUUCAUCUCCUCAAUCUUCGUCUACAAUUCCAAAUAAUAAUAAUAAUACCGUGAUUCAUAUUAGUGAACCAAGUGAUGAAGAACAAAAUACUAACAAAGGAGCUUCUCAUGAUUUAGAAAACUUGGCUAGCUUAAACUCUGACGUUGACCCUAAAUCUGUGCAUAAUGAAGGUAUAAAAUUUGGUAAUUUACCUCAUCCAAAUGCUUCUAAAGUGCCUCGUAAAAAGGAAAUUGAUCCUUCGGAUAUGUUUAUGUCCAUUGCAAUGCUUAGAAAUCAUCGGAAUCAAACACCCCCUCUAACAAGAACUCCCUCUGGUAAUAUCCAAAACUCUGAAGUAUUAUCCAAUCACAAUACCGAUAAUGAUGAUGACGGUGAAGUCUUGAUCAUUAAACCUCCAAAUGAAAUUGAAAAUGAUAUUCAUAAUCCAAUUUAUACUAAAAAGGCUCCUCCUCAACAAAGAAUUCAAUUCGACGUUCACGAAAAACCUCAUCGUCGUAAGAAAAACCGGCCAGUUAGAAGAACGAGUAGUGGCCGUUUAAGUGGUAAGAAAAAAUGGUCUAAAUUACGUAAAAGUUUUCUGAAUACUGGUAGUCAUCAUUCAGGUCAUAAGAGAUCUUAUUCAAUGAAUUCAAUGGGUGAUGAAAAUGCCUCAAUUGAUAGUGAAAAUGAUUUAGAAACUGACAAUUUAACAACUGACAACAAUGACGAUGAUGACGAUGAUGACGAUGAAGGUGCUGACGCUGACGAUGAAAAUGCAAUCGAUGAUGAGGACGAUACCGAUGACAAUAAUACCACUUUAAAUAUCGACAAUACCAUAGAUAUGGAUGAUGAAGAAGACGAGAACCAAGUUCAAAGAGCUCAAUCGAAUUUAGCUUUACCUUCGAAAGAUGAAACUGGUGGUAAAAAAUAUAGUAAACGUUCAAAUACCCUAGAAGUCACUCCUGGUAGACGUCAUUCAUUCAUGAAAUCCCCAACAUUUGAUAAAAUGAUUGGUCGUAAAAAUCGAACUUCAAAAAAGAAAUCUUUGAAAAGAAUUAAAACUCCUUCCAUUCAUAAAUUCACUACAGCUAGAAGUGACGUUAAUUCCACCAAUAACUCUGAGGAUAACUAUGACUCAAGUUAUGAUGAAGACACAUCGACCGAUGACGAAGAAAUUGAUGCUUAUAGUGGUGAUCAAUCGUUACGUAAAGUCAUGAGUACCAAUUACUUAUCAUGGGUGCCUACAGUUGGUAGAAACUCGACUUUUGUUCACUUGAGUGAAGACCAAAAGGAAGAAUUGGGUGGUGUUGAAUAUAGAGCAGUUAAAUUAUUGAUAAAAAUUUUGUUAGCUUAUUAUAUCGGUUUCCAUAUUAUCUCCGCUGUUGGUCUCACCAUUUGGAUUAAUUGUAUGCCAUCUUAUGCAAAAAUCGUUAGAGAUGCUGGCGUGUCACCUACUUGGUGGGGAUUUUUCGAAGGUCAAUCAGCUUUUAAUGAUUUAGGUUUUACUUUAACUCCAGACUCAAUGCAAAGUUUCCAACAAGCACUUUAUGUUAUGAUUUGGGUUGCGUUUUUUGUGGUUAUUGGUAAUACUGGUUUCCCAGUUUUUUUAAGAUUUUUAAUUUGGUUGAUGUUCAAAUUUGCAAAACCAUUAUCCUUAUUUAAAGAGUCUUUGGGUUUUUUACUUGAUCAUCCAAGACGUUGUUUUACUUUAUUAUUCCCUUCGAUUCCAACCUGGUGGUUAUUCAUGAUUUUAAUUGUUUUAAAUGGGGUAGAUUUGAUUUUAUUUGUUAUUCUUGACUUUAAAAAUUCUUAUUUAGAACAUAUUCCUGUUGGUUAUAGAAUCAUGGAUGGAUUGUUUCAAGCUUUCAGUACCAGGACUGCAGGUUUUGCGGUGGUUGAUUUAUCUCAAUUACAUCCAGCAGUCCAAGUUAGUUAUAUGUUAAUGAUGUAUAUAUCAGUUUUACCAUUGGCUAUUUCAAUUAGAAGAACCAAUGUUUAUGAAGAACAAUCUUUAGGUCUUUAUUUGAAAGAGCAAAAUGAAGAAAACGAUACUGAUAAAUCACCCAAAACAUUUAUUGGUACCCAUUUAAGAAAUCAAUUAUCAUUUGAUUUAUGGUUUAUUUUCCUCGGUUUAUUUAUCAUUUGUAUUGCUGAAGGUGGUAAAUUAGAUGAAGAUAAUCCUAGAUUUUCAGUUUUCAGUAUCUUAUUUGAAAUUAUAAGUGCUUAUGGUACUGUUGGUUUAUCAUUGGGUUACCCUAAUGUUGAUCAAUCACUUUCUUAUAAAUUCACCACCAUUUCGAAGUUAGUCAUUAUCGCAAUGAUGAUUAGAGGUAGACAUAGAGGUUUACCAUAUUCUUUAGAUCGUGCUAUAAUGUUACCUAACGACGAUAUGCAUAGAAGAGAUCAAGUUCAAGAAAAUCAUGCAAUUAGACGUAAUGCAACCAUUGAAAGAUCGGCUACAAAUGCAACUGAAUCUUCAGCUAAUAACUUAAGAAGAGCUAUUAGUAGAAGAGCUUCUGUUAUCCCUGAAGAAAUUCUCAAUUUUCACAUCCUCAUUCCGGACACAGAGAAAGUGUUUAACUUACUUUAA